AUGGUGGCUUUGGAGCUCCAGGUCGCUGUUACAAAUGCUUACUUACACGACAGGUUCCAACCCCAGUGCCUAUGCUGCAAAUCUAUACUACGCUCAUGUUUACUGACGGAAAAAAUAGUUCAAGUGGAGUCGGACGUUGAUCGCGGUAUUACGGUAGAUUGCGUACCUAGUUGUCGAUGGCGCGGUAUAGGACACUUAAGUUUUCCUAUGAACCGAAACACGCGCAGUUUUGGUGGAAGCGGCAGGGAAUUUCGAGAACGGCCAACGUUGAGGUACACACUUGAUUACCGUCUCACGACUCCAGGUCCUGAAUAUCCCAGGGAAACAGAGAGCUUACAACAAAACGUCAUGCACCAGACAAGGAAGCGUGGUAGACUGCCGUAUGCAAAGUACUUCAACCUCUGGGUGCAGUGUUUUGACUAUGGAAGGCUUCAACACUACUAUGCUUGCAAGAGAAUCCAACAGACUCAGUGGUUACCGCCGAGUUUGGGUUUCGUCCCGUUGUCUUUGACGGCGAUAUACUCGAAUUUCAAAUCUAUAUUUCAUGAGUCCGGACUGCCACUCCGAACCUUUUAUCCUUCAACUGUACCUCAUGUCAAAUACUGGUCACAGAGGCAUAGAUUGUUUUGCCUGUUUGAUUGUGGUAUCUCGGUGGAUGAAGAAUCUUGGUAUUCAAUUACUCCAGAAAAAAUUGCUCAUCACCAGGCUGGAAGAUGCUUUCACCGAUUAUGUAGCACAGAGGGACAUUACUCGCCUGGUCCACAAAGUACCCCCAGAGCUCAGCGUCAUCGAAAACAGUUUACUGUCUGGGACAUGUUUUGCGGUGUUGGCGGAAACGCUAUUGCGUUUUCCAGAAGAACAGGAUUCCAUGUAACUGCUUUUGACACAAACAGUUAUCGCCUCGAGUUGGCGCUGAGGAAUUCUAUUGUUUACGGCGUUGAACGUUAUGUUGACUUCGUCUGCAAAGAUUCUGUAGCGGUUAUAGGAUCAUAUCCUGUAGUUCACGAGCGACUUGGCCAAGGCACUUUCUUUCCAGACCUCGUUUUUCUCUCGCCACCUUGGGGAGGCCCAACCUACAUACAGGAAGAUGCUCUUGAUAUUCGAAACACCUUUGUGUCUGAGUGGUGCAUAUUAGAUUUAAUACUUGGCGCAUUGCGUAUCACGCCCAAUGUAGCAGCUUUUCUUCCAAAAAAUACCAACUUGGAACCACUCGUCUCUGCUAUGUCGCAUUCUGGACUGAAGGGUCCUCAUUUUGAGGUUGAAAAAAAUUACCUGAACGGCAAAUUUAAGGCGGUCACUGUCUACUUUGGUGACCUGGCAUGCGAUCUGUUGUAA